AUGGAUGCGGAAAGAGGGCGCCAAGGAACCUUUAGAGCAGAGCGUCAGCUUCAAGCUGGAGGGGGGCAGUCGAGCUGGCAGCAAGGCAGGAAACCUGCUUCAGGAAGGUCCAGCAGUCCAGUGGCGGAUUCCUCCAAGUGGGAGGACACCAACACCUAUGCCGCGAUCCGUCAAUGGGUCCGCACUGGCACCGUCAAGGCAGAGAACGGCCAGCAGUUGGACCUCACCUUGGCCCAGGAUCUUGACCAGAGCCGCAAAGCAGAGGAUGGGCGUGUGGUCCCUCAGCCCAAGCGGAAGAACUCCAAGCCAGGUGACUUCGAUCCUGAUCUUCGUCCGAAGGUUGCUGACGCUUCCGAGGACGGCAUGGGUGCGUUGCAUGACGACGUGGAUCUGAUGCAACAACGCCUUCGAAGGCGCUUGGCCGCCUUGGUGGAGGCCGGAUAG